UUCCUGGGGGACAUUUUCUGCAGAAAAUGUACUUUUAAUUUGACAGUGCUGAUGAUACUUAGUAAGGUACCAAGUACCAAGUAAUGGAGUAUUUUUACACUGUGGUAUGAGUACUUUUACUUAAGUAAAGUAUCUGAGUACUUCUUCCACCUCUGGUCAAAAGACAUGAUCAACAGCUUUACAAGUUUGCAAGUAGGGCUAAAAGUGAAACAUUUUUUCUUUUAUCUUUUAUUUAAGUCCAAAAUUUCACUUUUAUCAGUUUGAUAAAUACAGACCCUGCAUAUCUCUUUCACCGCCCAUACAAACAUUAUGUGAUUAAGAUACACAGAUAAUAGAAAUAUAAUGUGUAUCAUGUGAUACCACCUCUCUCUGUUUGUCUCUUUCUUUCAAUCUCUCCCUAUCCUCGGGCCUACUUCACCCUCCCCUGCUGGCUAUUUCCUCACCCUCGCUGCGUGUGCUGUCAAUAAUUGAUGAUCUUUACUGACUCAAAGGGUAACAGGUCCCGGAGAAAAUGUCUCACCCGUUUCUUUAUUAAUUUAAAAGCCUAUCUUUAAGUUAAGUCGGUCUAAGAAACCAUCACAAGCGUUUAUUCAAGCGCGAGGAUCGAUGGCACGAAGCAGCCUGACUGUGUCCGUUUUACAGUUAGUGGCAGCUGCGACACCUGCGCCAAUGAGCGGGUUAAUGCUGCCUGUCUGGCUGACAGCAGGACAGAGGGAGGAAAGGGAAGCUUAAAUGAGUGAGAGGCAGGGGGCUGAGAGGAGGAGGAGUGGCAGAAUGAUAGAGUGAAUUAAUUCAACCUUAGCCAGCCCUGAUUGACUCGGUAGCAAAUCGGCAUGUACAAAUAUUCACAGUGACACCAAAGCCAUGGAGAAAGAAAAGAGGAAUGACAUGUCCUUCUCCAGAAAGAGAAGUUUCACUUUUGGGGCAUAUGGAGGUGUGGACAGAUUCACAUGUGGGGAUGAGACGAGACCUGAAUCUGCAGAGGACAACAUACUGGACAUCCUGGACUCUUCUGCCAGUGAGAGCAAGCCUUCUCUCUCUGCCAGCAGCAACCAGAGGGACACAGAGCUGUUUGAAAUCAUUGAAAAGCUGCAGGGCAGCAGGAUCGAUGAGCAGCGGUGUGAAUUCCCUCUUCCUCUGAAGUCUCAGCUUUUAACGAUAGGAGGAGACCUGCCGCUCAUCCUCCCUUCAAAGUUGGGGGGCUACUGGAUAAACCCCCCUCUGGAGAGGCUUGUAGAUGUGAGUCCCACCUUGUCUCACUAUGGCCUCGAUCCAGAGAGCUACGACAUCAUGGAGAGAGACAGAGAGGCCAAAAUCUACCACGAGUUCUUCCGCUUACGAUACCAUCACUCAUUCACAGCAGUGGAUCCAUCUUUGGGGCCCCUGGUUCUCUCUGUGUGUUUGGAGGAAGAGGAGAACAAGCUGCGGGUGAUACUAAGAAUGAAGGAGUGCUCUCUGCAUGGAGUUUUCUCUGUCUCUCUUUUCCCCAACAUCCCAUCUGCUGUUGAAUUAGCAAAGAUGCUCUGUGACAGAGUGACUGUCUCAAAGUUUGAAGUGGUCAGCUACCUCAAGGCUCCAGAACUCAUAACUGCAUUUGAUGAACACAGAGUGUCUCCUAAUUUCAAGUUUGGCGUUUUGUACCAAAAGGAUGGGCAGUUCACCGAGGAGGACAUACUUAGUAACAAUGAGGAAAGUGAAGGGUUUAUAGAGUUCCUUUCUAUUUUGGGAGAGACGAUUCAACUGCAAGGCUUUACCGGGUUCAGGGGAGGACUGGAUGUGUGUCAUGGUCAGACAGGAAGUGAAGCAGUCUUCACUUCCUUUCAUGGGAGAGAAAUCAUAUUCCAUGUCGCAACUAAACUGCCUUUCACAGAGGGUGACCCACAGCAGUUACAAAGAAAAAGACACAUUGGUAAUGACAUUGUAGCUUUGGUCUACCAGGAGGGCCAAACCCCUUUUCUAUGUGACGUUAUCAAGUCUCACUUCCUGCACUGUUUCCUGGUGGUCCGGAGGAUUCAGGGGGAGGAGGAGACAGGUGCUUACCAGGUGUCUGUCACAGCCAGAGAGGAUGUUCCUCCCUUUGGUCCGGUCCUCCCGGAUCCUCCCAUCUUCACUGAUUGUUCCCUGCUGAGAGAAUUCCUUCUGACCAAACUCAUCAAUGCCGAGAUUUCCUGCUAUAAGGCUCAACGAUUCAGCAGACUAGAGCUCCGCACUCGUUCGUCGCUCCUAGAGAGCUUGCAGGCUGAACUUUCCACCCGUUCCCAGUGCAUGAUGGGGGAUCCAUUACUGUCUGCUCUCCCAUCUUCUGAGGGUGUACGGGGGGUGUCUGAGGGGAGUGGUGGAUUCAUUGAAAACUUUAAGAGAGCCAUAAGAGUGCGAAGCCACUCUUUUGAGACUCUUGGGGUACCCAGGAAGAUAGGUGGCAGUGCAUCACAAAAGCCUAAGACAGAGAAAGAUGGAGAGAGUGAGAAAUCUCCAGGACCUCUGCCUGCUCUCUCUGACAGUUUGGGGCCAGCUGAACUCAAAGAUCAAGCAAGUCCUCAAGAAGAGACAUAAAAGGACAUUUUAACUUGAAGACUUUAGACAUUAAUAUACUUAUAGACAUUGCUAGCCUAUAUGGUUACUUCUUUAUUAUCCUGGUGGAUGGCUUAUAUGUAAAUAGAGUGUAAAAGUAAAUAGUAUUUCUGAGAAUAUAAUUAUUUUACUGUCAUAGCAGUGAUAUUCUACAUUAAUGAAAAGCUUUACAUUGUAUUUCAAUGAAAUGUUUAACAUAUAAAACUGCCAGGAAAGGCUAAAAUUGACACUUGAGUUUACACUUGUGUGUUUAUAUUGUCAAUAAAACCGUUUUACUUCAACAA